AUGGCAUUGGCGAACAAGUUUGAACAGACAAGUGCAACGACAAGGGAGUUUACACUCGAGUUCUUGCAACAAAUUACAGAUAAUUUUUCUGAGGAACAUGUCAUUGGGCGGGGUGGGUAUGGAGUAGUUUACAAGGGGGUACUGGAAAACGGGGAAGAGCUUGCUCUAAAAAAGCUCCGUUACAUGCCUGGGCUUGAUGACACACAAUUUAGGAAUGAAUUUAAUAACCUUAUGAGGGCCCAACACCCAAAUAUUACCCGGUUGGUUGGCUACUGCUAUCACCAAGGACAUCAACGCAUUAAGUACAAAGGUGAAUAUAUUUUUGCGCUUGUGGAAGAAAGAGUUCUCUGCUUCGAAUAUUUGCAGGGUGGAAGCCUUGACAAGCAUAUAUCUGAUGAAUCAUGCGGAAUCGAUUGGCACACACGUUUCAAAAUUAUUAGGGGAAUUUGUCUGGGUUUGAAUUACCUUCAUAAUGGGUCGAAAGACCCUAUUUACCAUCUUGACUUGAAACCUGGAAAUAUAUUGCUGGACAAGAACAUGGCCCCGAAAAUUGGAGAUUUUGGUUUGUCAAGACUCUUCCCUUCAUCACAAACCUAUAUCACAGUCAAAAUUAUAGGAACACCUGGAUACAUGCCACCGGAAUACAUUGAGAGAUACGAAAUCACAUCGAAGUAUGAUAUAUUCAGUCUGGGUGUUACAAUCAUACGAAUAAUGGCAGGAGAUGAGGGCUACUCCAAGCACGCAUAUAUAUCUUCGCAAGAAUUUCUUGAGCAGGUCCAUGGAAACUGGGGAAAACGGCUGCAGGGAACAAUGUCGUCACAUACAUCUGAUCAAGUUAAGACAUGCAUCGAAAUCGCAUUAAGGUGUAUCGAGGUUGAUCGUGAGAAAAGGCCUACCAUAGCCGAGAUUGUCGGUGAACUAAACAAGGUCCUGGACUUCCAAAGCAAGCACGCCUUAAACCAAAAGACAAAGUCAGACUGCCGAAGCAGAAUAUCCCACUUGCCAUUAAAGCGUUGCUCCAAGCAAGACGAGGUACAUCUCACCAUUGGCAUGUCCUCCCCUAUGGAUCCGCAAACCCAACAAGGACAUCCUUCACAUUGGCAUUCGCUACCCCGGUGGGUCCACCAAAUAGCUAAACUAGUAGUCCUAGCAGGUCUAUCUUUUGGAGGAGGCCUGGCACUUAACGCAUUUUUAGAUGCACGGGGAUUAAUGCUAUCUUUAUUGAUUUUAACCUUCAAGAGAGAAUACUUCACUUUCCUAGGAUACGCUUGUAGUGCCGUGAUCAUUCUGGGAAUCCUUAUUACCCUUCUAAAAACGCUCCUAUGUAGAGUAUUGAGUUUCAUUCUGAAUCGACACAUGGGAUUGUGUCGUGCAUUUUGA